AUGUUUCACCUCAAAUUGUUAUUCCUUUGUAGAGUCACUGCUUCACCAGCAGCCAACUCUUCUGGUUCUCCUAUCUUGCCAGCUGACGACCCAUUCUACACACCCCCGCCUGGCUUUCAAAAUGAACACCCGGGAACUAUCCUUCGCAAUAGAUCGGUUCCUUACCCUCUAGCAGCUUUCGGCGCGGUCCCCGUUAAUGUCUCUGCGGCGUACCAAAUCCUCUAUCGUUCUACUGAUACGUUUGGGAAUGCGAUUGCCAUUGUAUCAACAAUUCUAGUUCCAUACAAUGCGAGUAACACGAAGUUACUCUCAUAUCAGGUGGCUGAGGAUGCUGCUAAUCCAAGCUGCUGUCCAUCAUAUGUAUUUCAGCAAGGCUCUCAGACAGGAGGUGUCUUUGGCACUAUUGUUACGGAACUGGAGUUAACGCUUAUCCAAAGUGCCCUGAACUAUGGUUGGUAUGUGACGGUUCCUGAUUUUUUGGGCCCUAAAUCAGCAUUUCUUGCAAAUAUUUUAGCGGGAUAUGCAGUCUUAGAUGGAAUACGUGCGACCCUAGCAUCGUCCGACUUCACACAGCUUGCGGCAGACCCGACGAUCACGAUGUGGGGCUACUCAGGGGGAAGCAUGUCUACAGAAUUUGCUGCAGAGCUCCAGCUUACUUACGCACCUGAGUUAAAAAUUGCUGGAGCAGCAUUGGGUGGAACGAUCCCAAACAUUUUAACGGUUUUAUACACUAUCAACAAAGGUGCAUUUGCAGGUUUGAUUGCAACUGGUGUUGUAGGGCUUGGAAAUGAAUAUCCUGAUAUAGCUUCACUAAUUGCAUCGGAAAUUCUGCCCAACAAAACUGGUGUCAUUCAGCAAAUAGGUACUUGGUGUCUAGGAGCAGUUGUUGUUGAUUUUGCAUUCCAAGACAUAUUUUCGUUUGUCAAAGAUCCCAACAUCUUUAAUAGCACAACUGUUACAAAGAUCUUAGACGCAAACAAUCCGGGACAUCAUACACCUCAGAUUCCUUUAAUGGUCUAUAAAUCUGCCACUGAUGAGAUAAGCCCUGUGGCAGACACCGACAAACUGAUCCAAUCAUAUUGCAAUGACGGAGCUUCAGUCGAUUAUAGGAGAGAGGGUUUAGAUCAUCUAUCGUUGAUGUUUACGGGUGCAUCAGACGCAUUGAACUGGCUUAAGGACCGGUUAAACGGAGUUCCAGCCCAGCAGGGGUGUACCAAUACCACUAGGUUUAGCAGCCCUACCCAACCUCUAGGCUAUGAAGUUUUCGUUUUAGUGGGCACCAUGACACUCUAG